CCCAGAUUCCGGGGCGGGCGCCAUGUAUUGCGGCGCCGAGGAGGAGGAGAAGAAGGUGGUUGCUGUGGCGGCAGUGGCGGCAGGAGGGCGGUUUCCGCUGAGGCGGCGGCUCCGGCGGCUGUGAGCGCGGCCUGGUCUUUUCCUGCCUGCCUGCCUGCCUCCUUUCUCGCGGCGCCAUGUCCGAGGCGACGGUGGCCGACACGCGGCGCCUCAACUCGAAGCCCCAGGACCUGACGGACGCCUACGGGCCGCCCAGCAACUUCCUCGAAAUCGACAUCUUCAACCCGCAGACCGUGGGCGUCGGCCGCGCCCGGUACACCAGCUACGAGCUCCGCAUGCGAACAAACCUGCCUAUCUUCAAACUGAAAGAGUCCUGCGUGAGGCGGCGAUACAGUGACUUUGAGUGGCUGAAAAAUGAGCUGGAACGUGACAGUAAGAUUGUAGUGCCUCCACUGCCUGGCAAAGCCUUGAAACGCCAGCUCCCUUUCCGAGGAGAUGAGGGCAUCUUUGAGGAGUCCUUCAUAGAAGAACGAAGACAGGGCUUAGAACAGUUCAUAAACAAAAUCGCUGGACACCCGCUGGCACAGAACGAGCGCUGCUUACACAUGUUCCUGCAAGAGGAGAUCAUUGAUAGGAAUUACGUCCCAGGGAAGGUCCGCCAAUAGGGGAGCCCGGUGUCCUCCAUUUUUUCCUCUCCCCUACCCCACCCCUGCAAAAAUGACGUUUAUUUUUACACUCUCUUCUUCUGAACCAGCUUUUUUCUCUCUCAACUUCUUCCCCUCCCCUCCCCAUGCCCACUUUUGUUCGGUGUUGCCUGCCACACCACCACAUCCCCUUUGUCAGGCAGCAGAGUUGAGUUCCGUCUGUCUUCGAUCUCUGUAUAAAAGGUGAGGAGCUGCAAAGAGCUGAACCUGUUGAUGGAUGCGUAGAACUUGCUGGGAAAAGGAGGCUGAGGGAGACAGUGUGCAGGUGUGGAUGGGGGGACCGUCUCAAGCCUGUGCAUGUAUGCAGCUAGAGAGCACGUGCAUCAUGAAGGUCCUUCCUCAGCCAUUGUAAAGAUCCCUUCAGCGUUCUACUCCAUUAUAGCAGAAAGCAGCAAAUGUUUACCCUGUGGAAAGGAGGGCAUGGUAGACCAAAAAGAAAAGAAAAAAAGCUUGGAAGCACCUUUGAGAGAGCAGUUGCAAAGAGUUUACAAGUGGCCGUUGUCCACAAAUCCAUCAUCCCUGGUAUUUCUGGUCUUCGCUGCUAAUCUUACCCCUAGAAUGUUUUCAGUUUGAUGAGUUGGCAACAGGUAGAAAGGACUUCCUAUCCAGAGGCACUUUCCUGCUGCUUCUAGGAUAUACAAGGCUCUGCAAACAAGUUGAGGAUUCUCAAAAAUGGAAGCUUGUUGAAGUCUGGGCAAAUGAAGCCUUUCUUGGAUUCUUUAGCCGGUUCUUGAUUCUUGAAGUUGCAGUGUUACUCCAGACAGGGGCGGGGAAUAUCACAAAUGAGCCUCGCCAAGCUAGAGAGGUUAGCAACUUGCCUUUUGAGUCCCUUGGCAAGCCUCCGCUAUGGUUCACAGAAACUUUCCUCGGGGAUUGGGUCGGCACCCACUGAGGGUUAAGGUGCAAAGUUCUCUGCUCUUUUUUAAUAUUUAAUCUGCUUUGGAGGUCUUGUGGGUGUCACGAAAGGCAUGUCGGGGAAUGAGGGUGUCUUCACUCGAUUCAAACAAGGGGCCGCUGUUACUCUCACAGAGCAUGUAUGUAUGUGGGAAUGUAGAGUACCAAGGCAAGUAAUAAAGUGACUUCAACAUUGCCUCUUCUGCACCUUCCGCUGUUCCGCAUGGGCGAUGGAGUGUGACACUGGGGGCAGGAAGGAGAAGCUGCACAUGAAACCCUGCAUGUUUUUUGGGGGGAAGGAAGCGAUGGAAAUGCACUCUUCAUUUGUGGGGUGAUUGGAGAGCAGGGAAGACUGUUCUCCUCAGCUGCCAAAGCAACUCAUUCUGAAAAUGCUGCCUCAGCGCAGGUUGCUCCCGUCGAAAAGGUUCUCACGUUCUCAUCGGAGGGCGGUUUCCUGCUGUUGCCUGGUGAAUCUGCAUUCGCUGUGGGUUUGUGAAACCCUUUAUUUCAUUUGGUGCACAAGUCAGAAGAUCAAAGGCUCUUGCUGCUGUACAUAUAUAUAUAUAUAUAUACUGAUGUGGGGCUUCUAAUUCAGCAAUCUUAUGUCUUCAGUUGACUGUCCAAUGUAAUGUCCAAGACUUGUUCAUAUUAAACCACUGUGAAGCCGA